AUGGAGCUGACUGAAUUGCUCCUCGUGGUCAUGCUUCUCCUAACUGCAAGACUAACUCUGUCCAGCCCGGCUCCUCCUGCCUGUGACCCCCGACUCCUAAAUAAACUGCUUCGUGACUCCCAUGUCCUUCACAGCAGACUGAGCCAGUGCCCAGACGUUAACCCUUUGUCCACACCCGUCCGGCUGCCUGCUGUGGACUUCAGCUUGGGAGAAUGGAAAACCCAGACAGAGCAGACCAAGGCACAGGACGUUCUGGGAGCCGCGACCCUUCUGCUGGAGGCAGUGAUGGCAGCACGGGGACAACUGGGACCCACUUGCCUCUCAUCCCUACUGGUGCAGCUUUCUGGACAGGUCCGCCUCCUCCUUGGGGCCCUGCAGGGCCUCCUAGGAACCCAGGGCAGGACCACAGCUCACAAGGAUCCCAGUGCCAUCUUCCUGAGCUUCCAACGACUGCUCCGAGGAAAGGUGCGUUUCCUGCUGCUUGUAGUGGGACCCACCCUCUGUGCCAAGCGGGCCCCACCUACCACAGCUGUCCCGGGGAACACCCCUCCAUUCCUCACACUGAACAAGCUCCCAAACAGGACUUCUGGAUUGUUGGAGACAAACUCCAGUGUCUCAGCCAGAACUACUGGCUCUGGACUUCUGAACAGGCUGCAGGGAUUCAGAGCCAAGAUUCCUGGUCUGCUGAACCAAACCUCCAGGUCCCUAGACCAAAUCCCUGGAUACCUGAACAGGACACAUGGACCCCUGAGUGGAAUUCACGGACUCUUUCCUGGACCCACACCCAGGGCCCUAAGAGCCCCGGAUAUUCCUCCGGAAACUUCAGACAUGGACUCCCUGCCACCCUACCUCCAGCCUGUAGAGUCUCCUUCCCCAGCCCAUCCUCCUCCUGGACAGUACACACUCUUCUCUCCUUCACCAACCUUGCCCAUCCCCACGGUCCAGCUCCAACCCCUGCUUCCUGACCCCUCUGCUAUCACACCCAACUCUACCAGUCGUCUUCUAGUUGCAGCCCACUCUCACUUCCGGAAUCUGUCUCAGGAAGAGUAAGGUACUCAGGCACUGCCGACAUCAGCAUCGCCUCCCAAGUACAAUCCCCUUACUCGGAGGAGAGGCCCUGGGAGACAACUGCAGCUAUACAGGCAUACCUCAUUUUA